UCUCUUUGUGGGGAACAGAACAGACUUUCCAGAGCAUCACUGGAGACAAGACAGAGCUCCAGGGAGGAAACACCAGGUGUCGACCUCCAUGCAAACCUGACCUCAACUUCAGUGGAUGCCAGGAUGAGCGGAGAGGAGGAGAGGAGAGGAGACGGAAACAUACUCAAGCUUGAGUAAAACAUCUAGGAGUCCAAAAUAGGAGGUGGACUCUUAACAGCUGGACAACCCGAGGUCAGUUUUGAGUUGAAAGCGACAUGAUCAGCAGAUCAAAAUCAACAACGCAGGACUGCAACGCAAAGAAACAGGUGGAGUUUUAAUUUGAGCUUCUCUGUAGAAAAGUUUUUUCAACAAAGUACUCCAUAUCUUUUGCAGCUAUUGCAAUUAAAAGCACUAUAUGAAAUACAUACAAACGAAGGAAAGAGGAGUCAUUUUUUAAUUUUUUUCUAUCCGUCUCCUGAGCACUUUCCAUACAGUCAUUUGUGGUAUGAAAUUGAGAUACUCUUUAAAGAACAUCUUGAAUGGUCCCGACAGUGCUCUUAAUUCACCAGCCAGGCGUUUAUCUUAUUUCUUCAGCUCCUUCUGAGAGGGAGCAUUAAAGACUUCAUUGAUAGUGCUCUCGGGGAGCGGGUAAUAUUUCUUAUGUGAAGUCUGAAACUUUAAAGCUAUUGACUGGAGGGAGAGAGAAGUGCCACAUACAUAAGAAAAUUAUGUUGAGCUGCUUCCAAGAGUGCGUCUUGACUAACACUGCAGUAGAGCAUUGAGGACAGUAGAAAUGUUCACAGGGUGUGGAGUGGUCACUGGCCAGAACCAGUACCUGACCAGAGACGCCAUCAGGUCCAACCCAGAACUUGAGGUGAGCAGACAGAUACAAAUGGAAAAUGGGAUGACCUCAGGCACGUGCACCUUCUACCAGGGUCAAAGUUGCAGAAAUGUUGGCCAACCAGCAGUGGUCAAUGUUUCCAGCCCGCUGAAGCAAGCACCACUACCAGUCCCUCCUCCAGCACUAAAACUUGGGCAGGAGGGGUUCAAGAAAGUCUGCCGAACUGAAGAGGACAGUCCCUGUCCCUUCCCAGGAUUGGCUUCUGGGGUGCUGGAAAUGCGUGUGAAGGAGGGAAGUAAAAUCCGCAACUUAAUGGGAUUUGCUAUGGCACGCAUGCAGGGAGAGAAGUGUUUAAGUGGUGGCGGACUGAGGCAGGUGGUCUUCACUGGGUCAGGCCGUGCUGUCACAAAGACCAUCACCUGUGCUGAAAUCAUGAAACGAAAAGUGGGCUCUCUGCACCAGCUGACUAAACUCCGUUACAAGGUGGUCAAAGAGGUGUGGGAGAGUUCUGAAGGGGGGGCAUCUGAGAUGACGGUGCACAGGACUGUGCCUUCCAUCAGCAUUCUUCUUUCCAAAGACCCGCUGGAUCCCCAAGAACCAGGCUAUCAACCUCCCGAGACCCUCACUGCAUUGUGGGAGGAAAAAGAGGGUGUCGAAUCUGCUUCACAGACAGCAUGCAAGAGACCUCUUGGACCUUUGCCAUACAGCAGUUUCACUCACUGUAAGAGAGUGUGUUUGGGGGAAGGGGUCUCAGUUCUCCCUCCUCACUGACUGGCUGAAUGGGUGUCAAACAGUGGAGCGGAUUGAAUCAGAGGAGUUCAUUUGGAGCUGCCCUCCACUCAAGCACAAUGCUGAGACAAUCAGAACAUUCACUCAGACAGAACAGUGCUUUUUCAGAAGAACUGAGUACCAAUUCCAGCCUCCAGAGGUCAGUUUGACUGGGACGUAAAAGCUUGCCUCUGUACAUACAGCAUUUAAGGGAUGUCUUUCUCGGCACAUCCAACAGAAUCUCUCAAAGCCACAAAACGGUGAUGAUGAGUGCUAUCGUGCUAUAACAUCUUUAGCAGAUUCAUAGCCCAUUUCACACAAACUAAAGAAAGAGCCAUGAAUUGCACAGGUUGCAGUAAACUGUCUAUGGCCUGUGGACGAAAUCAUUUAGUAACAUCACGUUACAAUCAUCUCUAUUCCUCCAUGCACUUUAGUGUGGUCUUUGAAAAUACACUGUAGAACCAACAACAUUAAGUAAAAGCAGAUUGAAGCCAUUGAUGAAUUGAAUAAUGCAAAACACACCAAUUUUAUU